CGUCAUCUUUCAGAGUUGAAGUCGUGUAUUAUCUUUUAAAGGGGGAAAAGAGAGAGAAGAUUCAAGGUUCUGAUACAAUAUCAUGGGGGAUAGUCAAUGCUCGUUCUCACUUAUCACUUUUAGUACUUCUGGAAAACUUGUUCAGAUUGAGCAUGCUCUUACCGCUGUUGGGUCUGGACAAACCUCUCUUGGGAUUAAAGCUGCUAACGGAGUUGUCAUUGCAACAGAGAAAAAACUACCUUCAAUGUUGGUUGAUGAAGCAUCAGAGAGUUUUCAUGUCCAGAAAAUUCAGAUAUUAAACCCAGAUAUUGGCUUUGUAUUCACCUCACUAACGGUCUUACACUCUACAAUAUGGCAUUUGAUUGAUUGUAACAAAAAAACAGCUAGACAGUUCAAAGCAUUAUUCAAAGAACCAAUCCCUGUAACUCAAGAGGUGAGGGUAAUUGCUGCUGUCAUGCAGGAAUUUACUCAGUCUGGUGGUGUUAGGCCUUUUGGUGCAUCCCUGCUGGUAGCUGGGUUUGAUGACAAAGGACCGCAAUUAUUUCAGGUUUGAAGGACAAAUCUCAGGCAGAAAGAUUGAAAUUAGCUUAGUUGGGGCAGACCAAAAAUUCAGAUUCAAUCAUGGCAUGGAAUAUUACCAUACUAAG